GGUUAAUUGUCUCACCUCUCCGCGAGAUGUGUGAUAUAUUUAUACAAGAGCACAUUUGUUUUUUCGUGUAGGUUUGGCAGCUAGUUAAAUACCGGGGGUUGUCUCUGGGAAAUCGUUCAGUGUAGCUAGCUGGUCUAGCGCUACUCCAGGCAGACAUUAACGGAGAUUUAACGGUAUAAAGUGGUUAACUGGAGAAUUGGGCGGCUUACACUACAUUGCUAGAGUUUUCUGUUAGAUUGACCAAAUCGUACUGUCUCCACAUUAGAUUAUAUGUUUAAAAGGGAGUGUUGUGAAAGAGGCCCCGGUAGACGUUAGCCCGCCCGUGAGAGUACGUAGUAUUACCAGCUGGCUCUUGCUGCCGGAAAAUGCAGUUUUUAUAGAGGUCGGCCUGGGACUCCUUCAGUUAUUAACCCGAGUAGAUGUGUUAGCAGCAUUGCAGCAUUUGCGGUUCAACGAUACGCUAGUUUGAUUUACACUGGCUAGCCCUGAAGAGUGAACGCAGAUGACUAGCGAGCAGGUCCGCUAAGCUAACCUGAAGUAGUUAACGUGCCUGCUUACCUGUCUGCCUGCGUGGCUGUUUUUAUUCAAGGAUGCCAGCUCCAAUCAGACUACGGGAGCUAAUCCGGACCAUCCGGACUGCUCGGACCCAGGCAGAAGAACGGGAAAUGAUCCAGAAAGAAUGCGCUGCUAUUAGAUCUUCUUUCCGAGAGGAAGAUAAUACGUACCGCUGUAGAAAUGUUGCUAAGCUCCUCUACAUGCACAUGCUGGGCUACCCGGCACACUUUGGACAACUGGAAUGCCUGAAAUUGAUUGCAUCUCAGAAGUUUACAGACAAGAGGAUAGGGUAUCUAGGUGCCAUGCUGCUGCUAGAUGAGAGACAGGAUGUGCAUCUCCUAAUGACAAACUGCAUCAAGAACGAUCUCAAUCACAGCACACAGUACGUCCAGGGUGUGGCCUUGUGCACCCUGGGUUGCAUGGGCUCAGCAGAGAUGUGUCGUGAUCUGGCCGGAGAAGUGGAAAAGCUCCUCAAGACGUCAAAUUCCUACCUAAGAAAAAAGGCAGCAUUGUGUGCAGUCCAUGUGAUCCGGAAGGUGCCUGAGUUAAUGGAAAUGUUUCUUCCAGCGACAAAAAACCUACUGAAUGAGAAGAAUCAUGGUGUCCUGCACACGUCUGUCGUUUUGCUCACAGAGAUGUGUGAGCGGAGUCCCGACAUGCUGGCACACUUCCGGAAGAAUGAGAAGUUGGUCCCGCAGCUGGUCAGAAUUCUUAAGAACCUCAUCAUGUCGGGCUACUCACCAGAACAUGAUGUGUCUGGUAUCAGUGACCCAUUCCUACAGGUGAGAAUAUUGAGGUUGCUAAGAAUUCUGGGAAAAGGCGAUGACGACUCCAGUGAAGCCAUGAAUGACAUCCUUGCACAGGUUGCAACCAACACAGAGACAAGUAAAAAUGUUGGCAACGCCAUCCUCUACGAAACAGUGCUGACCAUUAUGGACAUCAAGUCAGAAAGCGGACUGAGGGUAUUGGCAAUUAACAUCUUGGGACGCUUCCUACUAAACAAUGACAAAAACAUCAGAUAUGUAGCACUAACAUCCCUGUUGAAGACUGUACAGACUGACCACAAUGCUGUGCAGAGGCAUAGAAGCACCAUUGUAGACUGCCUGAAGGACCUUGAUGUGUCCAUCAAAAGACGAGCGAUGGAGCUCAGCUUUGCACUUGUGAAUGGAAACAAUGUCCGUGGGAUGAUGAAGGAGCUACUUCACUUCCUGGACAUGUGUGACCCUGAAUUUAAAGCUGACUGUGCAUCAGGAAUCUUCCUCGCUGCAGAAAAGUAUGCACCCUCAAAAAGAUGGCACAUAGAUACCAUUAUGAAGGUCUUGACAACGGCGGGCAGUUAUGUGCGAGACGAUUCUGUGCCCAACCUCAUACAGCUGAUCACCAACAGUGUGGAGAUGCACUCAUACACAGUGCAGAGGCUAUACAAAGCUGUGCUGGACGACAUCUCGCAACAGCCCUUGGUACAGGUGGCAUCCUGGUGUAUGGGCGAGUAUGGUGACCUGCUGGUGUCGGGUCAGUGUGAAGAGGAGGAGCCCAUCCACGUCACAGAAGAUGAGGUGCUGGAUGUUUUGGAAGGCGUCCUUGUGUCCAAUCUGUCUUCUCCGAUAACUCGGGGCUAUGCGCUCACAGCAAUUAUGAAGCUCUCCACGCGUUUCAGCAGUGUGAAUCGAAUCAAGCGGGUUGUGUCAAUAUAUGGGAGCAGCAUCGACGUGGAGCUCCAGCAGAGGGCUGUGGAGUACAAUGCGCUUUUCAAGAAAUAUGACCACAUGAGGUCUGCCUUAUUAGAGCGAAUGCCCAUCAUGGAAAAAACCACCACCAAUGGCCCCACAGAGAUACUGCACACCAAUGGGGAGGCAGAGCCUUCGGUUCGGGACUCCAAACACCCUCCCAACAUCCCACAGCCUUCUUCCCAAGCUAAUGAUCUGUUAGACCUUCUGGGAGGGAACGAUGUAGUGCCUGUGAUCCAGACUGAGCUGCCCACGAAACCAGCCUCCUCUGGUGGGGAGUUACUGGACCUACUGGGGGAUCUUUCGCUCUCAGGUGUCCCAGCCCCUGCUGCUCCCAUCUCUGUCUCGCAGCCCACCUUCCUGCUGGAUGGCAUCUCCUCCCAGCCCCUUUUUAAUGAUGUUGCAGGAGCCAUUCCACCAAUGACAGCCUACAAUAAAAAUGGACUGAAAAUAGACUUCACAUUUGAAAGGUCCAAUUCAAAUCCCAAUGUGUCCGUUAUUACCAUCCAUGCGUCCAACUUGACCGAGGUAGACAUGGCUGAUUUUGUAUUCCAAGCUGCGGUACCAAAGACCUUCCAGCUGCAGCUCCUCUCCCCCAGCAGUAAUGUUGUUCCUGGACUCAACAAGGGAACUGUCACACAGGUGAUCAAGGUGCUGAACCCACAGAAGCAACAACUUCGCAUGAGGAUCAAACUGACUUAUACCCAUAAAGGGUCUUCGGUUCAAGAUCUGGCAGAGGUCAACAAUUUCCCCACUCAGUCCUGGCAGUGAAGGGUUGGCUCUUGCUCUCAAAGACCCCUCCUCCCCCACCUGCUAAAUGAACUAUGGGAAAGACUGCCCCCCCGCCCAAACUGUGAUGUCAGCACAGACUGGUACCCCGAGGUGGCCCGGGGGAAACAGGAUUCCUUCAGACACAAUAUGAUGAUGAUGAUGCGUCUGACGAUUAGCUCAGCAAAAGUAUCUGACGACAUAUCCAUUUAGCAAGUGCGACUGGUGUCAGUGCCAUCCCCGAUGUCCACUUCACCUAAGCACUACUCUGACGCACGCAAACACGUGCUGCUGCCGGGGAGGCAUGCAGAGCCAGGAGCUGCUUCAUAUCAGCAGUUCCUCUGCUAAAAGGAGUCCCUUUCAUGUUUUUAGCAGUUCUUCAUCUAACUAAAUUGUCAGGAUGCCUUUUAUUUCUUGUUUAAUGUCCCCUCCAGAAAUGAAAUACAGCAGAAGGUUAGUUUUUUGCACUUUAAUCACUUCUCCCUGUGUACUGUGGGGAAUUACGACGUGGCUGUGGGGUUUCUGGCUCUUUCUGGGUUUUGUUAGUAUGUCAUUUAUUCUCCAGUUUGGUGUCUUGGUCUUAAUUUCUGUAAUAAAAAUCAUCCAUCUUCAGGCUAGGUACAACCCUUUUGGUCCAAAUACUAUGCUUCUGGUUUUUGGCAUGUUCAUAUAAAACUGACUAAUUCAGCCUAACUUAACCAGUUGCAGAUUGUCAGUGUUUUGGCUGAAAAUUCAGCCUUGCAUUCUUUUAGCAAUAAUGUUGAAAUUGAAAGGGAAAAAAUAUAUCUUGUUGAAAUGGUUAUUUCCCCCAUUCCAGUUUGAAUGAGGAUUAAACUUGGAAUUGGAAAUGUACACUUCAUUUGGAAUAUAGGGUUGCAUGUUAAUUUGUUUGGCCUAUUUAUUUCUUUAUUUUUCCCUGGUUACCAUGCUAAUGUGACUAACAGUCUUUAAAAACUGCAGCCAAAGUGCAGUACAUUUUAUGCAUCCCAAAUUUUCUCAUGGCAGUUACCUUUUGGCAAAAUCACCCUUUUAAUGCAUUACAGAAUGAACUGUUGUCAUUAGUACACAACGUAUAGUACACAACAUUGUCAUGUCAAUGAAUUCUUAUUUCAUUGACCAUAUUGUUUUUUCACCUAAUUCUCCUUAAGGUAAACACAUCACCAGAUCACAACCCAAUCUCAUGCUGAUUUUUUUUAAAUUUACCAAACCAGAAUCCUAACAUUUGUAUCCCCACUACAGAACCACUAUGACUACUUACUGUCGAACUUGAAUUUGGCAUUUCAGAACCCACAGUUCCUUGAAUGUUUUUUUUGAAGUCUUACUACAACUGUUGUAGGUGAUGUAGCCAAGCAGUGUUUGUGUGCAGUGAGUACAUGUAUAUUAUUUUGAGUCUCAUGCAGUUUUUUUGUCGUCAUGUUUUAUCUGAAGUUUCUGUCUGGUUUAAGCACCUAUGUGGUGGUUUUUCACUGUCUCCCCUCCAUUCACCCUUCUGCAGGCAGGCAGCUUUCAUGGAGUUUGCAGUGAUACUUAUGUCCUGCCCAGUAAUGCUUGAACAGAGCAAUGUGCCUUUUUUCCUUCUCUGAUGUAUGAAAGAUCUUGAUGUUGAAGAGGAAUGGUUUUUAGGCAUCUUGCUACUGUAUUGCCGUCUGGAAAAUCAGGGCAAUUACACCAUAGGUCAUCGAUAUGUGGAUUUGAAUACCUCAAGCUGUUGAGGCAUGUUAUAUGGGAUUCAGUGCUGUGGCUGCACAGCAAGCAUUUUCUACAGGAUUUUGUUCAACUGGUUAUUGUCAGAAUAUCCAUUCAUUUCAGAUGACCUGAUUUAUUUUGUGACACUAUAGAGCCAUUUUAUUUUUCCCUCUUGGUUGUUUAUACAUGAAUCUUCAUGACCAGAUCACCAGUUAUUUAUCAGAGUAAAUCCCUACCAAUGUAACAUGAUCUAAAUCGAAAAGUGUGAAAUGAAUGACUUUAUGCAAUAUUGGAAUUAUAUGGUAUGUACAGAAGAUGUUGGGACUUCCUUCCCCAUUCAGUUUUAUGUACAGCUUUCAUAAAAUUAAUUUCAGGAGAGCAUGAUGUGGUGAAAUGUUUCUACUAAACCCAUAAACCCAGUUUUCAUGUUCGUGUGUGUUAAAAUUGUAGUGUCCUAUGUUUGUAGGUUUCUGCAACAUUGUAUCUACAGCUCCUACAAUGUAUUGCUUAAUCUGGUUAAGACUGAUAAUUUAAGAAGCAAAUUACUUUUUACCAUGAACUAUGUUUUCUUCUAAGUUUAAUUGAGAAUCUUUUUUGCAUAUUAUAUAACUGUAAUGAGGCCAGAUGUCUGAUGUCAGACUGUAGUGCAAUUUCACUUCCAGUCACUCUGAGUAGAAUAAUAAUCAAUCCCAGUUCUUAUAAGAUUUAACUGGCCAGAUGUGUGGUGGUGUUGCACUGAAAUAAUUGGGUUUGUUCACAGUGUCAUGGUCUCUCGUGUGUAGUUUGUAUAAAGGUUUGUUUUUCCAAAUGCAUUGUCAUUAAGCUGGUUAAUGUAAAAUAUGUAUGAAAACUUUACCCAAUAAUGACAUUUUGUAGGCGGGGCGCUGCAGGCCUUUGACGAUCACUGGGGUGGGGGGCGUGGAACACAAGUGGAAUUCUUUAAAAACAGAUAGCACGUGUGUAAAUUUUACACCUGUGUCUUACACUCACACACAGUAAGACAGGAUGUCAGCUGCAAACAUUUCAGUUCUUAGCUUCAGGGCUGCAUGUGAGAACCAGUGUAAAUAUUUUCAUUUCUACUCUUUAAGUAUCUGCCUUUUGAAGUUUAAAGAGAUUAAAUCAACUGAACCACCACAUCUCUUUGCUGAACUGGAACCUAAAUGUACAUUUAGAAGUGUUCAACUUAAACCUCUGUAAAAAAAUAAAUGCAAAAAUUCACACCGUACCAUUUUGGGGACAAUAAAAGUGAGCUCACACCAUUCUGCU